AAACGGAACAUCUCGACUUUUCAUCCAACGGCAGCAUUUACUAGCCGUUGUUUUUAAAAUUAUACGAGAGAAAUCGGACAUAUCCCCUGUUUACGUUUUCGGCAAGCAAUUUUCCCCUACAUUGAUUCUUCUGAUUCAAUUGGCCAGAAGAAUUUCAAUCCCAAGAAAAUAUAAAAAUUACAUUGAGAGAGAGGAAGAGUAAGAGGAAGAGAGACAGAGAUUUUCAAUACUCUAAUUCUAUCGUUGAAUUUAGAGUAUAGAACUUUCUGGGUUUUUCUUGACUUUGAAGGUGAUUUGCAAGAUAAUCAAGAUGCGUAGAUCAGAUGAGAACUUUCCGGCCAUGAUCAGGCCUUCAAACAUUCAAGUAGGUGGGUUGAGGACUACAGGAACUGGGCAAACUAGGAGGGCACUGGGUACGAUAAAUAGGAACAUAAUUGCACCUCCCCCUUACGCAUGUGCAGUCCAUAAGAGAGGUGUUUUAGCAAAGAAAAAUGCUGAUGGAAAUAAGAAACCUGCAAUUCCCAUUCAUCGACCUGUCACUAGGAAAUUUGCUGCAGAAAUGGUUGGCAAUCAGCAGCAGCAAUCUACUGAGGAAGUCAAGCCAUCAGUCCAACCAGUUUCCAGUGCAUGGCAAUCUGAAGAUUGCCUUGUUAUUGAUGCAGAGGAGGAUUGCCUUGUUAUUGAUGCAGAGGAGGAUUACAAGGCAUCCGCUAACUUUGAUAUGCCGAUGUUUGUUCAACACACAGAAGCUAUGCUGCAAGAAAUCGAUAGGAUGGAUGCAGAAGUUGAAAUGGAAGACAUCGAUGAUGUGGAGGAGCCAGUUGUGGACAUUGACACUGAUGAUAAGAAGAACCCACUUGCAGCAGUCGAGUAUAUUGAUGAUAUGUACUCUUACUAUAAGAAGACAGAGAGUUUAAGCUGCGUCCCACCAAACUAUAUGGCCCAGCAAUUCGAUAUUAAUGAAAAGAUGAGAGGUAUUCUCAUUGAUUGGCUGAUUGAGGUGCAUUACAAGUUCGAGCUGAUGGACGAGACCUUAUAUUUAAUUGUCAAUCUCAUCGAUAGAUUUUUAGCAGUCCAUCCAGUUGUGAGAAAGAAACUCCAGCUUGUUGGGGUGACAGCUAUGCUUCUUGCUUGCAAGUAUGAAGAGGUUUCUGUUCCAGUUGUGGAAGAUUUCAUAUUGAUUUCUGACAAAGCUUACUCUAGAAAGGAAGUUCUUGAUAUGGAGAAAUUAAUGAUCAAUACCCUUCAGUUCAAUCUUUCAGUGCCAACUCCUUAUGUGUUUAUGAUACGAUUUCUCAAAGCUGCUCAAUCUUUUAAAAAGUUGGAACUGCUUGCCUUCUUUUUGAUCGAAUUGUGCCUGGUUGAGUACGAGAUGCUUAGGUUCCCACCCUCUUUACUAGCAGCUGCUGCUAUCUUUACUGCUCAAUGUACCCUCGGAGGGUCGACGCAGUGGAAUAAGACUUGCCAGAAGCAUACAAAAUACAUUGAAGACGAGCUUCUGGAUUGUGCCAAACUUAUGGUAUCCUUUCACCAGAAGGCAGGCACUGGGAAGCUUAGUGGCGUGCACAAGAAAUAUAGUACAUACAAAUACGGGUAUGCAGCUGAAACAGAACCUGCUGUUUUUCUGUUAAAAUGUUAGAAGGAUUUUAUGGGUUGAUAAUGUUGAAGUUACUUGCUUCGAUGCAACAGAGAAAUUUGGGUUGUUGGGGUUGGGGUGCAACAGAGAAAUCAAUGGUUUUUCUUAUAUCUUUUGUGAUUUGUUCUUAUUUGUGGUUCAUGAAAGUACAGGCUUGAGUUUAUUUCGUUGAAACCAUUUCUGGUUUAUCUGAUAUUCCGAUCAAUUCAUUUGUCUGAUUAUUUAUAAAACUUGGGACAAUCAACUUUGAACCUGAA